AUGGAGCCAGCCCUGCACUGCCUCCGCCGUAAUGGACGCUACCAAGAUCUCAGCAUAUGUCUCAGACCAGAACUCUUCCAUCAUGCGUGCGUAUUCGAAGUUGCCGAAAACCACGAACUCUUUGCGCUCAAAGAACUAGCACGAGCCAAGUUCAAAGCGGUCAAGGAGACAGAUUCGAUCGGAGCCGAUGUCGCCAGCACGGCCGAGAAUUUGUAUCGGACUCAAGAGCACGAAUUGCGAGAGGGUUUUGUCCGCACCCUUCAUGCUCGCCGGGCUGAGCUCCUCGGCCAAAGCUCAGAAAUCCGCGAAGCUCUCUUCGGCAUUGCAGGACUUAUGAAGAGACCUGGGGAUCGAAGGCCUUUGGGAGCCACGUCGGGUCAGACGAAGGAUGGCGAAAACUCGAGCGGCCAGAGUGAUCUCUUGCUUGAGCGUACCGAGACGACAGAUGAUGAGGAUGAGGCUACAGCAUUGCAGGAGCCAGAGAGCUCCGAUGACAUGGAUGGAGAAGACGAAGAUGUCGAGGAUCCGCUCGAUAUGGGUGGUCCAGAGUGGCAAAAGCGUAGACACGACCUCAUUCAGCUCCUAACAAGACUCGGCGAGGCUACACGCAACAGUCUGUCAAAGACCAUCGACCGGGCCGGCCGUAGAUUUCCAGCAGCAUACUCUCUGGUUGUGAAGCAAUUGGCCAAGAUGCAGCACCGCUUCGAUCCCACCCGAAACGACAUGAACAUGCUUCUGAUUGCCAAGCUGUACCUCGCGAUCCGUGUGCCAACUCAUCGUGAGGAGAUCAUGAGCUGCGGCAAAGGCGAUGUACUCCCCGUCGACUUGCCAUGGCAUGUUCUCACAAAGCAGGAAGGUCCUGUUGAAACUUUCGUGAUCCUGCUCGAAGAGAUCCUCGAAACACCGAAGCUGUGCAAGCAGACCAAGAGGAAAAGAACCGAAUCGCCCUCCGAACGACUGUGA